AAGCAAGUAGGUUUGGUAUAUGUAUGCAUCCACAUGGGCAUGUUUUACACUUCUUGGUGUAUUUGUAGCAUUUCAAUUGGGGAGUUGGCAUCCAGUGAGCCUAAUUCAAGAAAUAAAAGCACAAAACUUGUGAUGGGGUUUUAAUUUUUUAAGUUGUUGAUCCGUUCACCUAAUAAUCACUACUGCUAUAACUUUCUUUAUCUUCUUCCCCAUUCGUUUUUAAAUACUACCCAUUUUCCCAAUUCGCUCAACUCGAGAAAAAGUUGCAAUCUUUGUCAUUUUCCUUGGGAAUCUUGAAAUGGGAUUAUUAUCUCGAAUUUACCUCACUAUUUAUAAUUGGACUGUCUUUAUUGGAUGGUUUCAAGUUCUUUUUAUUGCUGUAAAGACCCUCAUUGAAUCUGGGCACGAACAUGUUUACGAUGCAGUAGAAAAGCCUCUGCUGCUUGCUCAAUCAGCAGCCUUUCUGGAGAUACUUCAUGGUCUAAUUGGUUUGGUUAGAUCACCAAUCACAGCAACGUUGCCACAGAUAGGUUCCAGGUUGUAUGUAACAUGGGGAAUCUUGUAUAGUUUUCCUGAGGUUCGGACGCAUAUACUUGUUAGUUCUUUGGUCAUUAGCUGGGGGAUCACUGAGGUCAUCAGAUAUUCUUUCUUUGGCACGAAGGAGGCAUUUGGCUCAGCUCCUUCCUUCCUCUUAUGGCUCAGGUACAGUGCGUUUCUGCUGUUGUACCCAACUGGGAUUUCAAGUGAAGUUGGUCUAAUAUACGUUGCCAUGCCCUACAUGAAGGUUUCUGAAAAGUAUUGCAUAAGGAUGCCCAACAAAUGGAAUUCUUCGUUUGACUAUUUUUCCGCUGCAAUUGCAACCCUUGGUUUAUACAUCCCAGGCAGCCCCUUCUUGUACAGCUACAUGCUCAGCCAAAGGAAGAAAGCUCUAUCAAAAACCAAAAGGGAGUAGUGGAGCACGAAGAAGUUUAUUGAAUACAUUUCCUGUGUUGUGCCAUCUCAAAAGUGAUUGUAAUCCAUUCCGUUGUCUGUCCCCUAGGCUGAUACUUCUCACUUUAAUUCCUUAUUUGCCAAGAAGUUGAUGCUAGUUAAUGCACUUCCUUGAAACAAUUAAUUCUGUAGCUAUUGAUAUAAAUUCUAAACUUCUUUUCUUCAGAAUAUGAACAGUUGAUAAAAAAUUGUAUACUUUUAUUAUUACUACUUA